AUACUGAUAAGCUUUUUUUAUAAUUUUUAAAAACUUAUUUAGAGAUAAGUGUUAGAAAAACUUGUACACAAAAUUUUAAUUCACUAUAAAGAAGAAUAAAGACCUGCUUAUACUAAUAAGUAGUAAACUAUGAAAAAAACUAGCUAAAUAGAUGAGUAGGUUCUUUAGACUAACGCAAAGUCUAAAUAUUUUCCCAAAAAGACAAGGCUGUAAGAGUAGGAUUUUUAAAUACAUAAAAAUGUAGCUUAAAAUGAAAAAUUCAAGUGGCAAGAGCAGGCGAAAUAUAAUUAUGAUGUUUAGCAAGAAAAUAAAUUAAAUAUAGAUGAUCAAGACGAUUAUAUGAAAAAUAAUUUAGAUAGUUAUGAAAAUACGAACACUAUAUAAACUUCAAUUUAAAGAAAUGCUAAAAAAAUACAAGAAAAUUUGAGGAGUAGUCUGAAAAAAGCUAAAGAUAAGAUAGAUACAAUAGAUGAAAAAUUAGGCAUAAAAAAACCAGAAAAACCUAAAAUAGUUGCAAAAAUAUCAUUGCAUGAGCAAGAAAAGAUUCUUUAAAGAAAACUUUUACAACAACAAUAGUCCUCUUAGCAAUAAUAACAAAUAUUUUAAGAAAUUGAAACAGAAGAUUAUAACAUUCAAAAAGAAUUAAAUAAUUAAUCAUAACAAAUAAAUAAUGAUAAUGUUAAAAGCUCACUUAAAAAAUUAGAAGGAAGCAUACAAACUUCUUAAAAACGAACUAUUGGAACAUAGGACUACAGUUCUAUUUCAAGUUCAUCAAAUGCCAAAAAUUUGCCUGAAAACAAAAUUAAGGGACAACUUUCUUUAUUUCAAACUCAUUUAAAAAAGAAUUUACCAAAAACUCAAUAAAAAACUACUCAGUUAAGUCAAUAGCAGUCUGCUUAUUUUUCAGUUUCCAGAACAACAAACAAAAAACCAUUAAAUAUUGAAUCUGCUGCUACACCUAGAAAAUAGAUAGAUGAUCAAUAUAAAAGUAGAAAGUCAAUAAAAUUUAGUGAACAAGUUAACAUAUUUGGCUCUUCUCAAUAGACAAUUUAAGAUCAAAGACCUACUGUGAAGAAAUAAAAUAAUUAAUAAUAAAAUGUUAAGGGAGAAAAAUAGUAUCGUUAUGAAGAUUUUUUUAAUAUUUAGAAUACUUAAUAAGAAAUUAAUAAUUAAAAAAACUAAAUAAAUUUACUUGACUUAGAAGAAGAAGAUGAAGCCAAUAAUUUCCCUAGAUUUUAACAAAUUGCUAACCCAAAUUAAUAAAACUAAGAGCCAUAAAUUUAAAGGAAUAAUAAUGACUUAUUUUUUUCUAAUUUUGAUAGUGAAUAUAUUCCUUAAUAAUCUGGAGCAGUUAACCAUUCUAAUAUAUAUCCUUUACCAGCAAGCUCUUAAAUCAUAGAUAAUUUAUAAAAUUAAAAAGGGAAAGAAGAUACAAAAUAAAAUAGAAUUUUAGAUCCAUUUAGUGAUGGAUUUGAAAGUGUGAUUGAAAGAAGCAGAAAGAGAACAGAAAAAUAAAAAAAGAAAAAGAAAUAAAAGGAAUAACAAUCCAGAAAAAAUUUAGAUUCAAAUAAACUUCCUGAUAAGCAGUUUAUCAGAUCCAUGAAAGACAUUGAGUCUGGUUCUCAAAGAACAUCAUACGCAUUAACAAAAAGAUCAUUCAAAUGGAGUAAAAGUAUAUUUUCUAGUGGUAAAUCAAGUCUAAAAAGUGGAUAAAUAUCUAAGGGAUAGAUAGAAUAUGUUUCUAAAUUAGCAAAUAAAUUAGGAUAAACAGAUUCUUCAGAGGAUAGUAUGGAAAUCGAGGAAUUUGUUAAUGAAUUAGAAGUAAAAAAUAAAAAAGAAAUUAGUAAGUACUACGCUUUUAGUAGUAGUGAUGAAAUUACAGAGCAAAAAGGCUUUAAGCACAAGCAAAAAAUUUUAUAAAACUAUUAAGAUGAAAAAAAAAAAUAAGAUUUAUCAGAAACUGAUUAGAUUGAAGGACUAAAAGCUCUUUAAAGUUUUUAUAAAAUGCUUUAAGUUAGUAAUCAUGCUGACAUAGUUUCUUCUGUUGAAGCUUUUGGAGAGGCUAUGACUUUGUUUAUUGAAAGCUAAAAGCUUUUUUCCCACAUACUCACUCUUGAUUCAUUUGUUUACUUUAGCAGUAUCGGUGAAGGAAGCUUUGGCACUGUCGAUCUUUACUUUUUUAAAUAAAAUAAAUUAUAAGAAAGUUAAACAAAAGACUCAAAUUUCUUAAAGUAAACAUGGCACACUUCAAAUUCUACUAUUAAAAAUAGUCUUCCUCAAAGCUAAUUAUUUUCUUCUAGUUAAUCUAAUUAACCAAAUGUGUUACAAUUUAGUAAUUUAUCAGCCUAAUAAAAUGAAAAUCCAAUGAUAUUCAGUAGUGAAAUGCAGCAAGAACAGUCAAAUAUUUUUAGUAGCAAAAAUUCAUAAAAAAAUCAAAGAGACUAUUAAUAUUAAAAUCAAGAUAUGGCAAACUACAUAGAAAAACAGUAAUCUGUUUAUAUUGAAAAAAUAGAUUCAGAAGAUUCCAAAAAUACAUAGGAAGAAGUUACUGCAUAAAAAUUUUAAGAAAUGUAAUAUCUGCCUGUGGCUUGCAAAAAAAUAGAAAAUUUAGAAGAAUAUUAGCGUGAACUUUUCAUUAUGCAGACAGUUAAGUGUGAGUAUAUGCCUAAACUUUUUUACUAGGAUUUGGAUAAAUAACUUUUAUUUAUGGAGCUUGGCUUGUGUAGCUUGGAAGAUUUGAAAAAUGAUAGUGAAGAAAAUGGGUAUAAAUUUAGUGAUGAAUUUACUCACUAAAUUCUUGUUAAUCUGAUAAAAGCAGUUGAGUCUCUAUUAAGUAACUAUAAUUAAGAGACUUAACAAAAGCAGCCACUUUUUCAUAGUGACAUUAAACCAUCGAAUGUAAUGCUUACUGUAAAGAAAUAUAAAAACUAAUCUACUUGCUCUAUAAAAUUACUUUUAAUUGACUAUGGAGGUUCUUCAUUCGCUUUAGAAGAUUACUGGGCAUUUUACACUCCUGCUUUUGUUUCUGCCGCGGUGUGGGAAAAACUAAUUAAAAGAUCUUAAUCUGGUUAAUGCCUUUCCUGGGAAGAAAUCAGAUACGCAGAAGUAUAUGCAGCUUGUAGAUCAAUUUAAUUCUUGCUCGUACCUGAACAAGAUAAAGAAUUGUUUAGAAAAGAAAACUAUAAUUAAUUUUUAAUCUAAUACUCUUACCUCUACCCUAAAACCUGCUCUAUCCUAAAAUAAGUUUAUUUCAGUGAAAACAUUGGCUAUAUCAGUAAUAUAUAUGAAAGUGUUCUAUCUGAAUCUGAAAAAACUCUUUACACAGGACUCAAUCCAUAAAAUAUUCCUUUUGAAUCACACAAAAUAUUUGAGCUUUCAAAGUUUUAUAAUUGUCUAAGUAUGGACUCAAAAGAGCAACCAAACUAAAAUAUUGAAUAAGAAAAUAUAUUGAAUCAUCAAAAUUAGAAUCCUUUCUUACAAAGUAAUCUCAAAUCUACUCAAGUCUUCUGA